UAUAUGGGCCAGGGCCCAGUCCGCAGAAACUGUCCGAAACCCUAAUUCCAAAUACGAUCCGCUCGGUGUGUGUGUGAGUGUGUGAAAUUGCAGGUCUGUGAUGGGGACUCGAGAGGUGUACGAAGAGAAGCUACGAACAGGAAACCUGUACCACGAGCCCACCAUCAAACCCGGUCUCGGUACUCCUCGAUGCCCUCGUUGUCUCUCUCUAUUAGACUCCGAUUCGGAUAAAGGAGAAUGGACAAUCACUCCAGUGUUACAUGACGCCACUGCUGUGGCUGGAUGUGGUUUAGGUGGAAUGCUUAGUGCCUUUUAUGGCCUGAAUACAGGAAUGCCAUAUCUUCAGAAACACAUCAAAGGACCAAAAUGGCUUCCAUUUGUUAUAGGGAUCCCUCCAUUGCUAAUGUUUUCCGCUGCCAGUGCUGCAGUGGGAGGAUAUGGGCUUCCAAACUUUACUCAACUCAGCGUGACAUCAUAUUAUGCUGCAUCAAGUGCCUCGCAUUAUGGUAUUUCAUUGGUUACAAGAUACAUCGAAGAGACAUAUAUGACUCGUUCUAAACAACAAAGGCUUCCAUGAUUAUUAUCUGCAGAGGCACGUGAUAUUCGUCGGCUUUGAUUCUUCUAGUGUAGAUAUCUAGGUUGGUUUUGUUUAUCAUCCCUUACAUAUAGUUCUUCUGGUGCAUGAAAUUAUGUAUGACACUCUUUUGUUCUUACUAUAUAAUUUUGUUUUCUAUAAUAUUUUUUCUAGGUAAUCAUGGUUGGUUAUGA